GUUUCUCUUCAACUACCAUGUCGUGGUCACUCACCAUCACAUACGCCCUCCAUCCUCCAGCUGGAAGCUCUAUAGACACCUCACUCCAUCCAAAUGCUACCCAUGAUUUUCCUCUUUCCAUUCCAGCUCCUGAUGGGCCGGACACAACAGGUUACAGAGCUCAUUAUGACGCUCUGAAGGCUGCUAUCGCCGAAGCCAGGGCGAAGACUGGCGACGAGUUGACAAGAUGGAAAGAUGCAGUUGGUACUGCAGAACAGACGAAGGAGAGUAAGUCAAGUGGGAAGAAAGAGGAUAUUGAGGAUGACAAUGCCGAAGAAGAUGAUGAAGAAGAAGCGACAUAGUGAAUACAUUGGCCUGGGAAACGUAUCAGGUUGCGGUCGCUACCCUGGAUAUAUGAAAAUGUCCCCGCUUUGUAUGCUGAAGUAAAGGUAGGAUAGGAAGAGUCGCGAAACGUUUGCUCCCUGUGUAUCGUAUAUAUGCAUCACGCAGUGCAAACUGUAAACUACGCUUGAGUCGAC